AUGCAAGUCUCUUCCAUCAAUGAUGUGCUGAUCUAUAACUUGAGUUCUGGGAAAAGCAUCCCAGAGGUAAACGUACGAAGACGUGUACAGCUCAUCCAAGACUUCGAAAUGCCCGAUGUUAGCCAUACCGUUAACGUUUCGCAAGACGGGAGAUAUGUUUUCGCAACAGGUUGCUAUAAGUCAUGGUUGAAGUGCUACGACUUAGAAAAUUUGUCCUUGAAGUUUCAAAGAGGACUAGAUGCUGCCGUCAUUAAACUGAUUUCGUUAGGUGACGACUACUCCAAGAUUAUUCUUCUUGAAGAGGAUCGCUUCCUCGAGAUGCAUGCUGCCUUCGGAAGAUACUUUCGUAUGCGUAUGCCUAGAUUUGGAAGAGAUAUGGCCUAUUCGAUCGAGCGCAGUGAUCUUCAUCUUGUUGGAGCAAGUAGCGAGGUAUAUCGUUUGAAUUUGGAACUAGGAGAGUGGCUUUCUCCACUUCAGACAAAUGGAAGUGCUUUAAAUUGCUGUAAGUUUGCACAAGCCCACCAGUUAUUUGUAUGUGGAACCACAGAUGGUCAAUUAGAGGCAUGGGAUCAUCGAGACAGGUCAAGGGUUGGAGUUCUUGACUGCAUUGGAAAAGUAGAGAUCACCUCAUUGAAUUUUCGAGAUGCCUUGUGUCUUGGAGUCGGAACUAGCAGCGGUCAUGUAAUGCUAUACGACAUUCGGUCCAGAAAGCCACUCAUGGUAAAAGAUCACUUCAAUGGUCUACCUAUCAAGAGGAUUGAUUUCGAUCUCGUUUUGAGUAUGGACAGUCGUAUCCUUAAGAUUUGGAAUGCAGUUGAAGGGAAACCGUUCGCAGCUAUCGAAACAGACUGUGCAUUGAAUGAUUUUUGCCGUUAUUUCGACUCAGGCCUAAUUUUUUUCGCGAACGAAGGAUCUCGUUUGCAACAAUUCUUCAUCCCUGCUCUCGGUACCGCCCCAAAAUGGUGUCAUUAUCUGGAGACAAUAACGGAGGAGUUGGAAGAGAUAUAUGACGAUUAUAAAUUCGUCACGAAGGAAGAACUGGAUAAGUUAGGUCUCUCUAACCUCAUUGGAACUUCGGUAUUGAGAGCCUAUAUGCACGGAUACUUCUUGGACCGAAGACUUUACGAUAAGGCGCAACUUAUGAAUCAACCGGAUGCUUAUGAAAAAUACGUGAACAGAAAGAUUCAUAAUCUCGUACACCAGGAGAGGGAACGCAAAGUUAUCAAUCACCAGGUAAAUAAAGAGUUGGCGAGUCGCUUGCGAGCCGAAGCAGCGUCGGAAGGUUCUGUCAGAAAUCUGAAUAAGAAAAAGAAGAAUGGGAAGUUGAAGGUUUCUUUUUCUUUUGGAUGUUUCUUACUAUUACUUCCACAAAAAAGUCUGGUAGUUUUUAAGGCUAUCAGUGCAUCAGCAAUUCUCGAAGACGGACGUUUCAAGAAGUUAUUUGACAAUCAAGAUUUCGAGGUAGCUAAUAUUGUUAAAAGUUCUUUCAAUAUUAGAUGUAAUAUUGCGUUUUCUGUACAAUUCGAUCUUCCAAUUUUAUUCAGGAUAAGAGUCAUGAAAGGCGUUUUUUAUGAUGUGUAA